AUGGGAGGCGCUCAGUAUCAAAACAACUCGUCAGCCUUUCGCUCUACCAACAACGGAGUGUAUGGUAGUCCGACCGAAUCAGAGUUCUCCGACUCCUCCAGGAUGUCCGACACAGUGAAGAACUGGGAUGAACAACGCGUCGGUGAAUGGCUGGUCAGUAUCAACUGCGGCCAAUAUGUCGACAUCUUCAAGAGAAACAACAUCACUGGAGAGAACCUGAUGGACAUGGACCCGGCUACUUUGAAGGAAAUGGGUGUCAACAAGAUCGGCGACCGCGUCCGCAUCGGCUCCCAGGCCAAACUGUUCAGGACCACCGUCUAUCGCACGACCAGUAAACGAAACAUGAACAGGCUAUCCCUAGCCACACUCGACGGCAACGCCCAAGCAAACGCCCUACCAGCCUCAUCACCGCGUGAGCGUGCCGUGCUCUCCACCACACGAACACAGCCUCCUCCUACCUCCCUCCGCGACAAGCGUCUGUCCCGUCGCAUCGAAGGCCAAGACCUUGCAAAAGUAAACUCUCGUCCUUCAUCGCCCUUGAUCGACCAAGAGAAUCGCUCUCGUAUGCCCAUGCAGAAGAGUAGCAGUACACCAUACCUACCCAAGCCAUCCCAAAGGCUCACCCCUGGCGAGACGCCUCCACGCUUUGGUGGUCCUGUCGCUGGUCACAUCCGCUCGAGUCCCAGUAUCGACAACCUUGCCACCUAUAGCAGUGCUCUGCCUGCCGACAAGGCCUUGAUCAGAGUCAUCUUCGACAGCGGUCGUUCUUCCAUGAUCAACAUUGAAGGUUGCGAGACUGCUGAUGACAUCGUUCUGAAGACUCUGAAGAAGGGGGCCCUGAACGAGAAUCACGUCAAGAACUUCUGCUUCUACCUGCUCGACGGUUUCAACCCUGAUCCCAAGUACUGCCGUCGUCUGGGUGACACCGAAUUGCUUCGCAUCUGCAACGAUCGCGUGCGUGGUGAGAGAGGUCGUCUCAUGCUCAGGAAGAUCCAUGCUGGAGAGCCUGAAGGAGAACAAUUGCGUAUUGCCGCGAAGAUUGCAGAGAAAGAGGCUCCUUCACCUCCUGCGAUUGAAGUCCAGCAGCCAGUCAACAAGUCGAAGAGUCACCUCAAAAUUGAGCAACUCAUUGGUGAACCCUUGGCUGCCGUCAGCUACCCAAUGUCUCCUGCAUCACUGCUGGAACGUGAAAGGAAUUCGUAUUUCGCCGCUCAGCCCGCCAUCAGUACUGCUGGUGCUAGAGCUCGUAAGCUCAAGGAGUUUUACGGCGCUCGUCCUCCGACAGAACUCAUUACACAAGAUCUUACUUCAUACUUUCCGGAUAUUGAAAAGGAAGAAAUGGACAAGACUGUUCGCAUGUCGAUUCGACGUUCACGCAGACUCAGUAGAGCUGCCAAUCGUCUGAGUACUAUCAGUAGCUUCAGCGUUGCAUCGAGCUUAAAAGACGCUCCACCACUUCCUACAAUCGCUGACAGUUGGCUCAGCUCGGCUAAUCAACCCAAGCCACUUCGCCCUCUCUCAGUCGUUCGUCUCGGUCGUCCAGUGUCCAACUACCGCGACUCCAUCACUUCAUCAGUACUUGAGCCUUUGGAUGAAGAGUCACCUUUGGAACCGAAUCGCAAAUCAUACGUCUCCUUCGGUGCCGACAGCGGAUCUGAUUCGACUGAUCGCAAUGUUGCUGUGACUGAUCCGGAAGGCAACACCAUUAUGCAAAGCUACUUUGAUGACACCGGCAGUACCAGUCCAGCGAAUACCGAGAACGGUGGAUCCCUCAAUUCCCGUCUUAGUCAGGUCAUCGCUGAGGAUGGUGAAGAGUCUGAUGAUGAGCUGAUGGAACAUCUCGAGAACGACAGUUGGGAGAAUCUCAAGUACAUGAAAGGUGCCAUGAUUGGACAGGGCUCCUUUGGUACUGUUUACCUCGCUCUCCAUGCCAUUACCGGUGAGCUCAUGGCUUGCAAGCAAGUCGAAAUGCCUUCCUCUUCUGGUACACACCUUGACGCCAAGAAGAACAACAUGGUGGAGGCUCUCAAGCGAGAGAUAGGACUUUUGCGCGAACUCAAACAUCCGAAUAUCGUGCAGUAUCUCGGAUCUAACUCGGACGACUCUCACCUCAACAUUUUCCUCGAAUAUGUUGCUGGUGGUUCGGUCGCUACUAUGCUCGUUAACUAUGGCUCCCUUGGCGAACCCCUGAUUGCGAACUUUGUCAGACAGAUAUUAUCUGGCCUGGCAUAUCUCCAUUCCAAGGACAUUAUCCAUCGCGACAUCAAGGGCGCGAAUAUCCUUGUCGACAAUCACGGUAGCGUCAAGAUCAGUGAUUUUGGCAUCAGUAAACGUGUCGAAGCAUCAAGCCUUCUCGUCCCGCCGACAGGCAAACGCGCAGGCCCUCGUGUCUCCCUUCAAGGCUCCGUCUUCUGGAUGGCACCCGAGGUCGUCAAGCAAACUGCCUACACUCGCAAAGCAGAUAUCUGGUCUCUUGGCUGUCUCAUCGUUGAGAUGUUUACUGGCGUGCAUCCUCAUCCCAACUGCACACAGUUGCAAGCAAUCUUCAAGAUCGGUAGCAGUGCUGCUCAAGCCCGUCCUGAUAUGCCUGAGCAGGCUAGCGAGAGCGCCAAGAUUUUCCUCGAACGCACAUUCGAGAUUGAGCAUGAAAAGAGACCGUCGGCUGAUGAGUUGUUGGGAUAUGCCUUUUGUGCUCCUAAAGAGCCGGGUUCUGCUUGA